GAGGUGGUGCCAGUGUAGAACAGCUACGUAUAAGAGGACCAAGCGUUUCACGUGUUUAGUGUUGCUGUUCCUACUCAGAAUACUAGGAUAACAUCACUGUCUGUGUAGUGAUCUCUUUCAUUUGAAGUGGGUGUUUGAAGGGGUUUGCUGUGAAAUAUGAUGGAAACAUUUCAAAGCAUGGAAAAUCAGUCAGUGAAUUAUUUACAAUCUGCUGAAUAUACUCCUGGUGACUAUGACAGUGCCUUUAAUUCCUGGAAUGACUAUCUAGGGUUGGCCACCUUAAUCACAAAGGUUAUUAGCAGUAAAACUGGCUUUGGACAUCAGAGCGAUUCGAGAAAGGCACUCAUUCCUUCCAGAGCAUCUUGUUUUGAAACAUCCUUAGGUCUGCAAGAUUUGGACUUCUGCACUUCAAGAACAGUAGUAGUGGGGGAGAGAUGUACUGACUUCAGUCCAUUUCCUGGUGUAUCUUGUUGUAGCUGUUCAUCUGAUUCGGUGGAGAGGGAACGGUGUGCUGCUACUGCCUGGGAAGUGAAGGAGUGCAAAACCCCAAACCACCAGCAGCAUAAUUUUCAUAAAUUACCCCGAAGCAAGCCAGAUGUUCAGAUUUGCGUCUUUUGUCGGAACAAUAAGGAGGCAGUGAGCUUGUAUACCACGCACAUACUGAAGGGUCCCGAUGGCAGGGUGCUGUGUCCAGUGCUGAGGCGUUAUACCUGCCCUCUGUGUGGUGCCAACGGGGAUAAUGCCCACACCAUUAAAUAUUGCCCGCUCUCCAAGUUGCAACCAGGUAUUACCGCCAAGCACCUGAAAAUUGUCCGAAACAUACAUCUUGGCAAGAAGGUCCGCUGAGGAUUGUUUCAUGUGUGUAUGGAAAAGCUUUUGGUUUAAGUAUUUGGAUAGAAACGUCACCUUUAUUUUUAAGGACCAAACUAGAAACUUGGGUUUAAGACUUAACUUUUUAAAGACAUAAUGUUUUCUGUAGAACUUUUAUUUUUUUUUUCGAAAAGAUUGUUAGAGUUGACGCAAAUUAUACAAUUCGAAAUACUAUGUACAAUAAGUUGUGCUUGAAUAGAAUUUCUAGUUGAAACAUGAUUUUACGAAACUUAACUGUCGAUAUGAAUAUAAAAAUCUGUUAUAGUUUUUAUAGGAAGUGGCAUUUGUUUUUCAGUAGAAUAUAACUUAAUUAAAUUUAAAAAAGAAAGCUUAAAGGAAUAUAUUAACAAAACUUAAAUGUGUUUCUUGAGCAGCGAAUGUAAUACAUUUGAAGUAAAUUCUGGACAGAACACUGCACUGAAAUUUGAUUUUGAGUAUUUGAUGGAAGCGGGAAUAAAGAACGCUGAUUUUGUUUGUGCCUACCAAGAGUAUGAAAAACGUCUUCUCCACACUACCUGUUCUCAUAGGGUAUGGGAACCAAUGUGGAAUUUCUUCGUUAAAAAGAAUGUAACUGUAUUUAGUACUUAGUUGUUAAAUGCACUUUUAUUACACAAGUAUCUACCUCAGUUGUUAAAUGCUGGGUAUAGUGUAUUUCAAAGUUGUUGUUUUUUCGCGUCUUCUGUACUACUUUUUUUUUUAUAAGAAAAAAUGAAAUACUCGUUAGUUUAUAACUGUCAAGUGUAAAAAGAUUUUCUUCCUUAUGAACGUUUGUUACUUAAAUGUUGUCCAUGUUGAAAACUAUUUUGUCAAGUAAAUUCUGAUGAAUACAACGUUUGUUUUGCACAA